AGAGCACCCACAGAUAAGCAGCAUGCCCUGAGUCUUCCAUCAGAACCAAAUCCUCAGAGGAAAAGAACAUAUACAAAUGCUCAAACUUUGCUUCUGGCCGUGUGGAUGGGAGAUACAUGAGGAAAGUAGACACAGAUCCUUCUGGAAAGAGAAGUCUGACCUGUUGAUGCCUGAGACCCAUACUGUCCAGUCAAAGGGGUUUAUGGUCUUCUAAGCAUUUUGUGGUGAAACAUGGAGCCCAUCAAUACGACCACCCUGCCAGACGCCUCAAACACAGAACAAGGCCACUGCAAGGGACACUGCAGGAUGAUUCUGAUAACACUCUACAGCAUGGUUUUGCUUGGAGGCACUACUGGGACAGUAUUGAUGGCACGUAUGAUGUGCAAAAGGAAAAGCCAAUCAAUGAUUGCCAUGAUCGUUCUCAAUAUCAUAGUGCUACACUCAAUCCUCCUGGUCAGCCUCCCAUUCCGCCUCAGUUAUUAUAUCUUAGAGGUCUGGGAGUUCGGAUCCUUUCUCUGCCGACUGGUCAGCAGCAUAAUAUACGGUCAUAUGUACUUCACCUUUGUUUUCUAUGUGGCCAUUGUCAUACUCCGAUUGCUCAUCUAUUUUAAGAAACUCCAAAUACAACAGUUGCAAAAGUACCACAUGGUAGUUUUAAGCACUGUUAUUUGGACCAUUGGUAGCCUUGUUUUUUGGCCAAUAUUAUUUUUACAAUAUGGCGUACAUCCAAGUUACUCAGAACAACAACGAUGCUUUGAGUUCUACAAAGAUCUCGACCGCAGGGAACUCAUUAUCUUGAACUACUCUAUGAUUGUCAUUAUGAUCUCAACGGUUGUGAUACUCUUUCUGAUGCAGAUGGCCGUCAUCGUUCAACUGAUAAAAGCUCUCUGGCCUAACAUGUGGGCACAUCAAGACUAUAGAGCUCAAAUCAAAAGUUUCUUCUUCCUCCUAGUAAUAGUGGUCUGUUUUAUACCCCACCAUGUAUUCCGGGUACAUUUUAUUCAAAAUUACUCAGAGAUAGACAAGUCUGAGUUAGUUCUUUAUAAUGAAAUUUUUGUUGCUUUGACUACCGUCUGUUGCCUGGAUAUGGUGUGUUUCAUAGGUGGGGUUAUCCAUUAAAUACUCCUUGUCACUCACUUUGUAAUCAGUUUUUUACAGUUGUGACAAAACAGUUUCAAAUGAAUGGCUGCUACCAUGAUUUCAAAAUUUUUCAAAUUCUCUGCUCUUAAUUGGCACUGGAAUUAUUUUUCCAUGAAAAGGUAAUGAAGACUGA